AAUAUCACUAAAGAUUUAACCUUUCCUCAACUGCUUAAGUUCCCAUUACACUUGGAAGUCUGCUUCUGAUUCUCACUUGGAGGAAAACAAACCACGUGCUCGUCACGUGAGAGUAGAAGAUAAAACCCCAGCCUGAGUUUCAUUCUCUCCAACCAUAAACCCUUCCUUCCUCAUUUGCUCUCUCUCUCUCUGGAUUCUGGAAAUGGUGUCACUUGACCCAGAUGACUUCUUGGCCGACCUCGCCGACCUCUCGGACCAUCCCAGCCGUCCGUUUCCCGUAAGUUCAUCUCCACCACCGUUAUGGGUUUUACUUAGGGUUUUAGCCACCCCCUUGUUCACUACUUGGCUGUACUUGAGUCUCUGUUUUUCAUUUUGUUAAAUUACAAAGAAAUAGCCUCUUUCCUCUUUUGGGUUUGUCUAACUCGACUGAAAUUAUGUACUACAAUCCAAAGUUGGGAACUUUUUUGGUUUUUGAAUUUUUGUGGUGCAGGAGAAGCUUCCUGAGGAAGAAGAGCUUGAAUGGAUAUCCAAUAUAGACGCUUUUCCGGCCGUAGAAACCUGCAUGCUGCCGGAGGACCCGCUGGCGCAGCAGAAGACUGUUCCCAAUGCCAUGCAGGGGAAUGGAGCUCUGUCAUUGCCGCCAAUGCCGGGCAGGAAACCAAAUGAGGACAGUGGCAAAGGCAAGAGUAUGAGAGGUUGCGCAUUUUGCGGGGUUAUGCAGGGCAAGGAGGGUCCCUCGGGGAUGUGUAAUGCGUGCGGGUUUAGCUACAAGGCUGGUAGGCAUUGCGCUGAAGAAGUAGAGGAUCCUGAAGAGCCGAGCAUUAAGAGUGACAAGGUGAAGAAGAGAACUAAGAGUGAUAAGGUGAAGAAGAGCAUUAAGGGUGAUGAGGUGAAGAAGAGCAUUGAGAGUGGUGAGGUGAAGAAAAUUGGGAGACAGUGUACACAUUGUGGGAUUACAAAGACUCCGCAGUGGCGGAUGGGUCCUCUUGGACUUCAAACCCUGUGUAAUGCUUGUGGGGUUAGGUACAAGUCAGGGCGCCUUUGCCCCGAGUACCGCCCUGCAAAUAGCCCUACGUUCUUGCCGGAGUUGCAUUCGAAUUUGCACAGGAAGGUAAUUCAGAUGAGGAAUCAAACAUAUGGGAUUGAGGGAACGAUGGCAAAACCUGUGGAUAAUUGCACAAACAGUGCUGCGACCACGGCAAUAGUGAAUAUUUUGGAGCGGCCAAGAAGAAAGGUCAUUGCUGAGAAGCAGAGCCCUGUUUCUGUGCUUGAAGACAACACAAAAAGCAGCUCCACCCUGGAGUCCCACCAACCCCCAAGCAAAUUUUUGGGGCAGCAGCAGCAGUUGGUCAGUAACCAACUUAACAACAAGCACAACCCAGAAGACACUGCCAAAGUGGAAGUUGAGACAAACACCACCACCCUCAUGAAUUCCCAUGGGACCAUCAAGCUGUCCUAUAAAGUGCCAAGCAGAAUUUUAGAGCAGCAGCAGCUGUUUAGUUGCCAACCUACCAACAAACGCAGAAAGAAAAACACUGUCAAAUUGAAGAAUGAGGGAGCCGUUGCUACUCUCACGAGUUCUUGUGCGAACCUUGAGUCGCCAAAUGAAUUUCUGGAGCGGCAACAGCUGUUUAAUGAUCAACCUAACAAUAACUGCAACAAGAAGCAUACUGCCAUAGUGGAGGUGACCGUGAAAGCUGUGGAUAUAUGCAGCCCCACUCUCAUGAAGUCUAAGAAAGAUUCAUUGCCUGCUGUUGAAACAUCAAAUAUCUUGGAUCAUUCAAGAGGCCAUAUUAUUGCUGAACAGCGGAUCCCUGUCUUGGUGCUUCAAAACAACACUAACAACAGUGCCACCCUCAUGAGGGGUGCCUGUGAGACUGUUGAGCUGCCCCACCAGUCCUCAAGCAAAAUUUUCAGGGAGCAGAUGCUGUUUUAUAACCCAGCUAACGACAACCCUGACAAAAUAGACACUGCCACAGUGGAGAUCGAGGGAAACAUCACUUCCACAAUGAGCUCCUGUACAACACCCACGCUGGCCAGCCAAGCGCCAAACGAAUUCUCCAGUCAGCAGGAGCUGUUCUUUAACUAUCCUAAUAUCAACUGCAACAAGAAAGACACUGCCAUAGUGGAGAUUGAGACAAAAUGCCAGAACUGUGGGGCUAAACAGAGCUCCCAACAGUGGGAGGGUCCCAUUGGACCCAAAAUCUUGUGUCUUUCAUGUGGGCUAGCCGGCAUGGCCCAGAACACUGCUAGGCGGAAAAGAAGUACGCCUUUAGCUUCUUACAAAAGGUGCAAAAAGGAAGACAUUGCCAAAGUGAAGAUGGCAGUGAAACUUGGUGAUAAAUGCACAAACGGCACUGCUGCCCUCAUGAACUCCAAGAAAGACCCCUUUAUCGAUACAUUAAAUAUCUCAGAGAAACCAAAUGUCGUUGUCAUUGCCGAGGAGCAGACCCCUGCCUCUGUGUUUGGAUACAGCAGCAUGCCCCUCAUGAGCUCUACUCCGACCAUCAACCCCCUCAACCAAGCCCCAAGCGAAUUUCUGGGCCAGCAGAACCAGUUAUGUGACCAUAAGAAUCACAAAGAGAAAGAUGCUGCCACUGUGGAGACUGAGGGAAACAGCUCUACCCUCAUGAGGUCCUCUGGGACCCUUGAGUUGCCCAACCAAGACCUAAACGAAAUUUUGGAGCAGCAGCAGCUGCUCUGUAAGAAAGCUAAGAACAUCCCCAACAAGAAAGACACUGCUAGAGUGGAGAUCAAGGAAAACAGCACCACCCUCAUGAUCCCUUGUGGGACUUCCAAGGCGCCCUACCAAUCACUGAGUGAAUUUCUGGGACAACAACAGCUUAUUUGUAACCGAGAUAACAAUGAUACAAACAAGGAAAAUGCUGUCAAUAUGGAGAAUGAGGGUAAGUGCCAAAAUUGUGGGGAAGAACAGAACCCACGAUGGUUGGGAAGUUGCCUUGGACCAAAAACCCUAUGUCAUGUCUGUGGGCUGGCUAAGUUCACAGCCCUGCAGCAAAGCAGUAUUGCUAUGGAAAUGCCCUGUCCAUUACCUGCCACUAAACCAAGUGUUAUAGCCAAUGGCGAGCACCAAAAACUUUUCUCAGCUCAGGAAAAUAGCACAAAGAACAGCACAGACCUCAUGAGCUCCUGCAGGAUAACGAUACCCCACCGCGCCCGAAGCAAGGGUCACUGUAGAAGAAGAAGCACAAUUCCAAGCCAGCAAGUUGGGAUUGGAGAAAAAUGUGUGCAAUGCGGAAAACAGACAAAUAGGUGGCGGAUGGGUCCCCUCGGACCCACAACCCUGUGUAAUGCCUGUGGAAAUAAGUACCUGCCCUUGUGGGGAAUAAGCGAAGUGACAGUGGACAUCACCAAGUGUCAGCAUUGCGGGUCUAGAGAGGCGACACAAUUGCUAAUGAGUGCCCUUGGAGCCAAAACCCUAUGUGCUGUAUGUUAUCAUUGGAUUAAGUAUGGGCGGCAGCAGUUAUGUAACCAAACUAACAACAAUUCAGACAGGAAAGCCAUUAGUAAAGUGGUUACUGGAAGAAAAUGCCAUCAUUGCGGAGUUGAGGAAACCGCACUUUGGCGGUCAGGUCCUAUGGGUUCCAAAACACUAUGUAAUGCAUGUGGGCUCCGGUGGUACAAAUUCGGGGAUUUUUGCCGUGACUGCUGUGCUAGUAUAUCAAUGCCUUCGAUUUGUCACAGGAAAGUGCCGACAUGUAGAAGCAAGAAAUUGUAGGAAUGGGAGUAAGAGCCUGCAAAUAGAAACAACACUAUUGGUGAGUAACCAUUUCCUUUUUCUCUGCAGUGUAGUUAGUAGCUAGUAGGAUUAGCGGAACUGUUGAUAUAUGGUAGUUGGCUUGGCUGCUUGAAUUUGCAUUUGAUCAAUGAAUCAAGGGUGAAUAUGGAAUUGUGGAUUAA